CUCUCUCUCUCUCACUCUCCUCCUCCUUCCUUCCCCAAUCCCCACCAAUUAUUUUCUUUCCUGCAGGUUGUCCGAAGGAAAACAGUCCGGUUCUUUGUUUCCUGGGCCCGAAACCACACCAAAACCUUCACCCCUCUCUCUCUCUCUCUCUCACACACACACACACACACUCACCCACCCCUUAAAAAUGCUACCCCUUUUUUUUCUACUCUUCAGACCCUCCUUCAACGCAUGAGACCAUCUCUGCAUUCUUUCCUUGUCUGUUCCUCCUGUAGUACUCUACAGUGUUGGUGGCUGAAAUGGACCUUGGUGGGGUGGUGGGCAUGGAUGGGUUGGUGGGUGCCUCUUUUCUCUGUGGUGGUGUCUUCUUCUCUCCCCGGGCUUCUUCGGACCCUGAAUCCAAUAAGCAAAAUGGGUUCUUGAGGUCUGGUCUCGUGAAAGAGGGGAGGCCUUGUGGACCAGAGGAGCAUGAUUGGAGAUGCCUCAAGGUGGCCAGGACUGAGGCCCCUUCCCUGUUCCCUGAUGCACAGCAAAUGCUCAGCUUCUCCUCAUCCAAGCCGGAUGCUUUUUUAUUCAGCAGCGAACCACUGUCAUCAGUCCCUCUAGCGUCCUCCUAUGUUGGGAAUGCAGGCUUGGUUUCGGGAAGUCUUGAUGUGAAAAUGCAUGGGGUUUUGGCAGGGGUUAAGGGGCCCUUCACUCCCUUGCAGUGGAUGGAGCUAGAACAGCAGGCCUUGAUCUACAAAUAUAUGAAUGCAAAUGCUCCUAUACCAACCAGUCUGCUAAUCUCAAUCAGGAGAAGUCUAAGCUCAUCUAGGUUCACAUCCUUCUCAGCUGGAUCUCUUGGACCCAAUACAUUUGGAUGGGGAUCUUUCCAUCUAGGUUUCUCUGGGAAUGCUGACCCAGAGCCUGGAAGAUGCCGUCGGACUGAUGGCAAGAAAUGGCGGUGCUCAAGAGAUGCAGUUGCCGAUCAAAAGUAUUGCGAGCGACACAUGAAUCGGGGCCGCCAUCGUUCAAGAAAGCCUGUGGAAGGCCAAACUGGCCGUGCCGCAAAGGUGAUGCCCAUCAACGCCACUACACCAGCAGCUCCAGCUGUUUCUGGCAGUGGAUCACCUAAUAAUUUCACAAUGGCUCAGCAGCAGAAGAAUAAUGUGAAGGCAAACAUCACUUAUUCUUCCCCCACACAGUUUGACAGGGUUUUGGCUAACAAUGAGUUGAAUAACUCACAUGACCUCUCCAUGUUAAACUCAGUGAACUCAGAGCCCACAGAGACUUUAUUCCCCAUUGCAGAUCAGCAUAACCCUUUCGCAGAAUUGCCUUCACGAGCAAACUAUGGACUUAUCUCAGACUCACCAUUUAAGCUCCCAAGUAACUCCUACUUAGGGAAUGAUAACUUAGUCUCCUCUGUAGAAUUCAAUGAUCAAGAUUCCCCAGCCAAUACCUUUAGACACUUCAUUGAUGACUGGCACAAAAAGCACUCCGAUAGCUCAACCAUCAUCCGGACUGAAAGUGAAAUGCAGUCUGACAAAACUCAACUCUCUAUUUCAAUCCCUGUGGCUUCUUCUGACUUUUCAUCAUCCUCUUCUUCUCCAACACAUGAAAAGCAUACACCUUCAUCACUCAAGUUGUCUCUGGAUUUUGAUCCUGAUAAUACUCAUGUAGGUGUAGGAGGCCACCCAAAUGAUGGGAACCAACGGCAGGCAAGUUGGCUACCGACCUCUUGGGGGUCUUCCAUGGGUGGCCCUCUUGGAGAGGCCUUGGCCAACACCUGCCUGGACCAUAAUAAGAACUUCUCAUCCUUAAAGCUCGUGACAAAUGGUUGGGACUCGAGCCCCCAGUUAAAGUCAUCCCAAACUGGUGUCCUGCAGAAAUUUAGCUUUGGCUCACUGUGUAGUACCACUAGGAGUAGUCCAGUUGCUGAGAAACACAAUCUCCAGGACAGAAUCGGUAGCUCAAACCUUGUAAAUCCAUCGACCAUUACCUCAUCAUAAUCGUUUUAGUUAGUGAAGCAGCAACAAGAAAAGCUACAGCAGGAAGAACUUUGAGAGAGGUUUCCCAAGAUCGUGUGAUUGUAUUAAGUGUUGCAUCAGUUUCUUCGUUCUUUUAUUUGUUUCUUGUCAUUUUCUAUGUUGAUUUGUGGAGCAUUGGCAUGCCUGCCAGUGUCUUGGUGUGAGUAUACUGUUGUUUUGGCUUGGGUUUGAUCUGUGGCUGUCAACUAGUUGCUUUAUUUCGUUGGUAUUUUGAAAAAGAAGGGGGGUUGAUCAGGAUAUACUGUUUAAUUAUUUCUCCAGCUCCUGCAUUUCUUUGUAUACUCUGAUAUAGCAAAGAUUUUGAAGAGAAAAGCCUUGUUUGCCAAAA